ACUUUACCAAGGUGAUCCGCGUGGCAUGUGAUAACUUCCUGUUUGUAUUAAGAGAAGGAAGACUUCUUCCGGUUUAGUCAGGUUUCCUGAUUCCGUAUAUAUAUUGCUGCUAAAGAUAUAUUUGCUUUUUGGCUAUUGUUGUUAUCUAAACUUCCUCCUCGUUUCAGCUUUCCUCUUUUUAAGCAACAAAAAGUUAUAUGAGUUUGUUGAAGAUGGGUGGAGAUUUGAUGGAAGAUGAUUGGGAAUUUGCUUCAUCGUCAAACCCAACUCGAACCCUAGUUCUUGUGGGCCGUACUGGAAACGGUAAGAGCGCAACAGGGAACAGUAUACUUGGGAAGAAAGCCUUUAGGUCAAGAGUAAGUACUCUAGGAGUGACAACCACAUGCGAGUCGCAUAGAGUUGAACAAGAAGAUGGCCAGGUCAUCAAUGUCGUUGAUACUCCUGGUCUGUUUGAUGUGUCGAUGGCAGCUGCUUUUAUCUGUAAAGAAAUUGUGAGAUGCAUGACUUUGGCUGAAGAUGGGAUCCAUGCUGUUCUGUUGGUGUUCUCUGUGAGGGGACGUCUUUCUGAAGAGGAGAAGUCUGCUCUCUAUCACUUGCAAACUCUGUUUGGUAGUAAGAUCGCUGAUUAUAUGAUCAUUGUGUUCACUGGUGGUGAUGAGCUGGAAGAGAAUGAAGAGACAUUGGAGGAGUACUUGGCUCAGGCUUGCCCUGAGUUUCUGAAAGAGAUGCUUGAGCUAUGUGACAAUCGAAUGGUACUGUUUGAUAACAAGACCAAGGAUAAGCGCAAGAAAGCUGCGCAAGUUCAGAAGCUUCUUUCACAUGUUGAUUCCAUCUCUAGAAAGAACAAUGGAAAACCCUUUACAGAUGAAUUGUUCCAUGAACUUCAGGAAGAGGCUAUCAAGCUACGUGACCAGAAGAAGGAGGUUGAAUCGCUCAAGGGCUAUUCAAAGGAUGAGAUAUCUGAGUUCAAAAAGCAAAUAGACAUAUCGUAUGACCGACAGCUUGACCGCAUCACAGAGAUGGUGGAGACAAAGCUGAGAGAAACGGCAAAGAGGCUGGAGAAGCAGCUUGGUGAAGAACAAGCCGCAAGACUUGAAGCUGAGAAGAGGGCAAAUGAGGCUCAGAAACGGUCGAGCGAUGAGAUCAAGAAGCUGAGAGAGAAUCUGGAGAAAGCUGAGAAAGAAACAAAGGAACUCCAGAAAAAGCUUGGAAAGUGCAUCAAUCUGUGAUUGAGAUAUCUCUACUUCUUUUUUAGUCUCUGACAAGUGCUUCACUUAUUUAUUUUCUGUGAACAAAUUUGAGUUUUGAGUUUGGUUUUAUUUUGCCUUGGUUUAA